UGUGAACACACCCAAUUGGAGUAGAAUUGAACUUUCUUUAAUAUGAAAUAUAAAUAAAUUGGGUUAGGAGUGACACCACACUAAUAAGUAAUUUCAAUAUUAAUUUAGUCAAGUAGUGGGUUUUUUUUUUUUCCUACUCUUAUUAUUGGUUGUCGUUUUAUUUAUGGUAUUAAUAUUAUCUUCUCCAAAUGAUGUCGUUUUGUAUUCCUAAACCUUUGAUCUGAACCCCAAUCCACUGUGGUAUUAGACAGAGCACACAGAAUCUGAUUGCGCGCGUUCAUUUCUUAUGCUGUCUCUCGCAAAGCGACUCCAAACCCUUCCUCAAUGCCUCGGGGCCGCCACACAUCACCUCCGGUGGUUCCGGAACGAUGCUGCCGGUCCACCCAGGCGCCGUCGCAAGACCCCGGCACUUGCUCGUAAGAGGGCGGAAGACAACUCUGAGUGGUGGAUUGUCGACGGAGAAGUUCACGAGAUCGGCGAAAAUGUACCUCUACGCGAGCGUUUCGUCCUUCCUAGGGAUAAUAUUCCUAAUAAGCGUCGGAAGCAGCUCAGGGAACAGUUCAUGCGCCGGACUCGCCUCGUUAUCAAAGAAUCGGAGCAUGAGCCUUGGUGCAAAAGGUAUUUGGAGCUGUAUCAAGAGCUUAGAGAAAAUUGGGAGAGGCUUUACUGGGAUGAGGGAUACACUAAGAAACACGGUGAAGAUCAUGCAAAUUACGAGUCUGCUGAAGAUGAUGAUGACGAUUUUUCUCCAUAUAGGAAUAGGUCAUCCAAUCCUGAGCGACUAAAGGAACGGAGUUUUGUUGUAAACAAGCAAGAUGAUACCUGGGAAAAGGUCAACCUAGUAAGGGAUAAAUUUGAGUAUGACAGGGAGAGAAGAAUGAGAGACAAAGCAUUUGCACCGAUGCACGGAGAAGCUACAUCCGACUCUCAUAAUUCAAAUCGUAAUCAGCCUUUUGAUGCUCAAAGAUACUUUCCCCAGGAUGAAAGAAAGUAAAUCUAGACGUACCAAAGCUAUGCACAUGUGAAUUUCAUUAUAGAAGGAAUCUUGCUGAUGCCGGAGUCCAUCUACUUUUCUGCUAACCCGGCAAAUGUUUUUGAAGUGUUACUAUUUCUGGCAGCAGUGACCUUGUGUUGCUCCAACUCAAUGUCAAAUUAGUUUGGUUGUUUUGCUAAGCUUCUGGAGUGAUAGUAUUCCUCUACAUCAACCAUCCCAUCCACAAAAAGAAAAUUAGUCUGAUACCAAAAACUAUAGUUGUAUACCAUCAAAUAUCAUUAUUUCCUCUUGUUUAUUAAAAACUUAUUUCUAGUGUUUUUGCUAUGUAUGGAUGUUUCACUGAAUUCUACCAAACUAGUUGGUUUUUGGGUCAAUCCAUCCACUGCCCAAAUUGGAUUAAAAUGUAGAAAGAAACUGCAAAAUUUUAUAGGAUGUGGUUCUCUAAA